AUGUCCAGGUGCGUUUGCAAGUCUUGGCUCGCCAUCGUCGACGCCCACCGCUUGCUGUGGGCGGAUCUCCUUCCCUUGUUGUUCAGUGGGUUCUUCAUGAACUUCCACGAUUUCUACAUCUCGGAGUUCUUCACGCCCCGCUCGGACGUCCCCUCCAUCCCCGGCAAGCAGGACUACCUGCCUAAGGCCAGUUCCCUUUCCUGGGGCUACAUAGACGGCCAUUGCAAUGGUCUUGUGCUGGUCGACAGCUACGACGACAACGGCGACAAGAAUCGUUAUGUGCUUAAUCCGGCAACUCAAUGGCUGGCGCCCUUGCCCCCAUGCCCACCCUCGCCCAUGGAGAUCAAGGGUACCUUCAAAGUCGAGUACCUCGCAUAUAAUCCGACCAAGUCGACAAACUUUGAGUUCGAGGUGGUCUCAGUUACCCAUUUUGGUAGAAUGUGCAAGCCUGGAGAUACACAUGACCAUGAGAUAGAACAGUGCGAGUGGCCACCAUCGGUAUGCAUCUUAGAUGUGUUCUCAUCGACAACUGGACAGUGGGAGGAGAGAAUAUCUUUGUCGAGUGAUAAGUAUCACGUGAUUAAACCACCACCGGGCAUUGAAGUCGAAGACUAUCCGGAAAUUUAUCUAGGGAAGUCAUCUAAGGGAAUUUAUUGUGCAUCAAUCAAGGGAAGAUGUAGAGUUCAAGUUUGGAACCUUGAUGAAUCAGGCUGUCAGAUGAAGUGGGUACUGAUCCAUGAUAGGGACCUUUCUAAGUGGUUGUUGAAGCAUAAGCUUGAGUAUCCAAUACCAUGCUAUGGUGCAAAAAUCCAAGAACAUUGGGCCUUGCAGGAUAUUAAUUACUAUUAUGAUGGUUACAAUAGUGAUCAUGAUAUGGAAGCACCAACAGAAGACAAAAUUGAAUGGUCCCUUCAAGCUUCUGAAGAUGAGAAAUUUACAUGGAGCUCUUAUGAUGAAUAUGGAUGCUAUGGUGGGUACAUGGAGAUUCUUGGGUUUCAUCCAUGGAAAGAAAUUAUCUUCUUGAGUGAAUCAAUUACACGAGGAUUGGCCUAUCACUUGAGUAGCUCCAAAGUUGAAGUCGUAGGCAAUAUAUAUCCAGUAGGAUAUGCGAAUGAAUUAGGAAAUGAACAAAUCUUAAAAUCAUCUUUUCCACACACACCUUGCUGGCUUACACAAACCGCAGACGAGAGGAGUUGA